AUGCGAACUUCUCCGAACGUGAUUAUCACCGGAACCCCAGGGGUGGGAAAGACUAUCCACUGCGAACAACUUGCGCAAGAGACAGGGCUACGACAUUUUUCAAUCAACCAGGUCGCGAAAGACCGAGGUUGUUUCGAAUCUUUUGAUGAGGAGCUACAGACUUGGAUCGUCGACGAAGACAAGCUGUUAGACGCCAUUGAAGAUGAAAUGCCUUUGGGUGGAUAUUUAAUUGACUGGCAUGCUUGCGAUUUGUUUCCCAAGUCCUGGGUGGACCUAGUUGUGGUUUUACGGUGUCCCUCAACAGAUAUUUUAUACGAUCGUCUCUCGGCAAGGGGAUACAAAGAAGCUAAAUUGGAGGAAAAUAUCGAUGCGGAGAUAUUCGGUGUUCUCAUGGAAGAGGCGCAAGAGGCCUUCGACGAGGAAAUCGUUGUUAUGCUAAAUAGCGAGAAAGAUGAGGAUGUAGAGUCAAACUGUGCCAGGAUAUCUUCAUGGAUAGAAGCGUGGAAAAAGUCACAGGCAGAGGGCCAAAGUUGA